AUGUUCAACCAGCUGCUCCUUGCGAUUGCCGCAGGCGCAGGGCUGAUUGCUGCAGCCCCAACGCCCCAAGAAUCUCCCAGCGCACUCCAGGCUCGCGAUGCGGAUCCGAAUAGCUGCCCUGGCUACGCUGCGUCGAAUGUCUCCAGGACGGAAUCGGGUCUCACCGCGGACCUUACUCUAGCUGGUACAGCCUGCAACGUCUACAGUGAUGACAUCAAGGACCUCAAGUUGGUUGUAGAAUACCAGACCGACAAGCGUCUCCACGUCAAGAUCUUUGACGCAGCUGUUCAAGUCUUCCAGGUCCAUGAAGAAGUCCUGCCACGCCCCAACAACGACCAGGUUCCCGCCUCUGGAUCCAAUGUUGCUCUCGAGUUCGAUAUGGUGGAGAGCCCUUUCUCUUUCACCGUCAAGCGCAAAGAUAAUGGAGAGGUCCUCUUCAACACCUCUGCUGUGCCACUUAUCUUCGAGAAGCAGUACGUCCGCCUGCGCACCAAUCUGCCCAGCGACCCAAACAUCUACGGACUCGGCGAGCAUAGUGACUCCUUCCGCUUCAGCAAGAACUACCAGCGUAUCCUAUACAACUCUGAGUCGCCCAAUCUCCCUAACAAUGCUAAUCUCUACGGCACUCACCCCGUAUACUUCGACCAUCGCGGUGACAAGGGUACUCAUGGCGUCUUCCUACUCAAUUCGAGCCCCAUGAACAUCGACCUGGGCCAAAACAACGGCACAGGCACUCAGUAUCUCGAGUACAACACCAUCGGCGGCAUCAUCGACCUUUACUUCCUGGGCGGAAAGUCACCUACUGAGGUAUCCCAGCAGUAUGCAGACGUCGUUGGUCACUCACAAAUGUAUCCCUAUUGGGCUUUUGGCUUUCACCAGUGCAAGUACGGCUAUUGGGACGUGAAUAUGGUUGCUGAAGUCGUUGGCAACUACUCAACUGCUGGCAUCCCACUUGAAGUGAACAUCGAUUACAUGAACUUGCGCGAAGAUUUCACGACUGACCCAGAACGUUUCCCACUUUCUAAAAUGCGUGAGCUUGUCACCACUCUCCAUGAGCGUGACCAGCGGUACGUGCUUAUCCUCGAUCCUGCCAUUCAUGCUGUCGACAACUACCCGCCCCACCAGAAAGGUGUCGAACAGGAUGUAUUCUUGAAGGCGGCCGAUGGCUCAAAUAUUCUCGGCAUUCAGUGGCCCGGUGUUGUGGUCUGGCCUGACUGGCUUGCGCCUAACACGCCACAGUGGUGGACCGACGAGAUCGAGGCCACCUUUGACAAGGACACUGGUAUCGACCUCGAUGGCAUUUGGGUCGACAUGAAUGAGGCGUCAAACUUUUGCGGUGGUAUCGACUGCAAACCCCGUGAGCAAGUUGUCAACGACGGUACACCCCCGAAGCCGACUAAUGCGCCGCGUCCUAAUACCGGCCGCCCGAUUCCCGGCUUCCCUGCGUCUUUCCAACCUGGCUCCAAUAAUUCAACUGUCAAGGCACGCAGUGUCGAGGGCCGCAAGGUCCACAGUGGCAAGGCUGGUGCGGUUGCAACUCGCGCAACCAAUGACGAUUCAACACCCAAGGGUCUGCCAGACCGCGACCUCCUUAACCCCAAGUAUCGAAUCAACAACCACCGCGGCGAUCUUGCAAGUUACACAAUCUACACAAACACCUCAAACCACGAUGGUAGCUGGCAAUACGACACACACAAUUACUACGGCCACACGAUGUCUCACGUCACUCACGACUCCAUGGUGAAGCGACGUCCCGGUCUCCGACCCUUGGUCGUCACCCGCUCCACCUUCGCUGGCACCGGCCGCAAAGCUACCCACUGGUUCGGGGACAACUACUCAUCCUGGGAGCAUUACCGUUUGUCGAUCCGUCAAAUGCUCGCCUUUGUCAGCAUGCACAACAUGCCUAUGGUCGGUUCCGACGUGUGCGGCUUCAACGGCAACGCAGAUCAGUACAUGUGCGCUCGCUGGGCGCUUUUGGGCGCCUUCCAGCCCUUCUACCGCAAUCACGCCGAGCUCUCAACCAUUCAACAGGAAUUCUACCAGUGGCCCAUUGUCGCCGAGGCGGGUAAGAAGGCCAUCAACACGCGCUACAGGCUCAUUGAUUACAUCUAUACGGCGCUACAGAAGCAGGCCACGGAUGGCACCCCGAUGAUCAACCCUCUCUUCUUCCUGUACCCUGAAGAUGACAAGACGUUCGGUAUCCAGGACCAGUGGUUCUUCGGUGACAGCCUGUUGAUCUCGCCCGUUACUGAAGACUACAGUGAUACUGUGACAUACUACCUCCCCAAGGACACGUUCUACGACUACUGGACGCACGCCAAGGUCGAUGGACAAGGCGCAAACGUCACUGUCUCUAACCUCACAUACACCGACAUCCCGAUCCACAUCCGCGGUGGAAGCAUCAUCCCGCACCGCGCCAAUUCUGCGAACACCACCAAGGCCCUUCGCAAGGAGGCCUUCACUUUCAUGGUUGCGCCUAACGCAGAGGGCAAGGCUUACGGCUCUCUGUACCUCGAUGACGGCGAGAGCAUCGACCAGCAGGGCACCAGUGAGGUCAAAUUCUCAUACGAGAACGGCAAGUUCGGCGCCACCGGCAGCUUUGGGUACGCGGCGCAGAGCGGCGAGAGCCUUACUGUCGACCAUGUGCUUAUCCUGGGCCAGCAGGAGGCCGGUAAGCUUGGUACUCAUGAUGCGGAGAAGAAGACGAUUGAGGUCAAGGGGCCGUGGCAGCUGAAUGGGGCUUGGGGGUUUGAAGUCUAG